GACCGGGUGGGCCGAAUCGAAGGGGAACUCGCAAGGAAAAGACAGCUAGAAAUCAACUACCAGAUUGACGUGAUUGCUAGUAACAAUGAGGGCAUUGCUGGAUUAGUUCUACAGUGGGACAAUCAUUUCUACAAAUAUGGGAUGACAUCCGUAGAAGCUGUUCUCACCCCACAAGCAUCUGCAAAGUGGAAUACUUAAACAAUUAUGGGAAAAGCCGACGAGGGCAUUGGCCCGUACAGCAUAGACCUAGAAGCUUCGCCUAACAGCUCACAGGACCAGCUCAUCGUAAAGCCAAUCAAGACAUGGAAAGGUUACAUCUGGGAUACCUGGGAACUUCCCAAGGACCAGCGCUGGUUGUUGUUCAAACUUGACGCCUUUGUUCUCACCUUUGCUUCUAUCGGCUACUUCCUCAAGAACCUCGACCUGUAUAACGUCAACAAUGCCUUCCUCAGCGGCAUGGAAGAGGACCUACAGAUGUAUGGAAACCAGCUCGUGACUAGUACUUCCAUCUAUACUGUGGGAUAUGUCAUUGGACAGAUACCAUCUAACCUGCUACUGACACGAGUGACACCCCGCUGGGUCAUACCCGCGCUCGAGGUAGGCUGGGGAAUCGCCACAAUCUGCACGUCGGCCGUGAAAUCCUACAAGGCUCUCUAUGCCCUACGGUUUCUUGUGGGGCUUUUCGAAUCUGGCUUCUAUCCCGGCAUUCACUAUCUGCUCGGGUCAUGGUACACUCCUCAGGAAAUUGGCAAGCGGGCUAUGAUAUUCUGGCUCGCCGGAUCUAUUGGACAGUUAUUCAGCGGUUUCCUGCAAGCAGCCGCCUACACAAACCUGAGCGGCGUGGGUGGCCUCGCGGGUUGGAGGUGGCUCUUCAUUAUCGACGGCAUUAUCACGCUACCUCUCGCCAUCCUUGGCUUCCUGUUCUUCCCCAACUUGCCACAGGGCGGAAAGAAGACUUGGUGGACGACGGAGGAGGAGCAUGCCAUCUCAGUGAAACGUAUGCAAGCUAUUGGGCGAGCUGGCAAGCAGCCCUGGACUAAAGAUAAGGUCAGGAGGAUCUUUCUCAGCUGGCACACUUAUCUCCUCCCCUUAUUGUACGUCCUCUGGAACAAUGGUAGUCCCCAGCCUGCAAUGGGCUAUUGGUUAAAGAGCUUCAACAAAAAACCUUAUCCUCUUCCAGGUACCACAUUCACCGUGUCACAGAUCAACCAACUUCCUCUUACCACGACGGGCAUCUUCAUCAUUAUGGCGUUUGUCUGGGGAUGGCUUUCAGACGGUCCUUGCCGAGGAGCACGCUGGCCCUUCAUUUAUUUUGGUGCAUUGCUUACGCUCAUAUUCAGUAUUCUUAUGCGCCAGAUGCCUCUUUACCAUGACAUCUACCAUCGAAAAGUUGUUUAUUGGCUCAGCAAUAUUGGAAACGGUGCUGGUCCACUCAUCCUCAGCUGGAUCAACGAGAUCUGCUCAGGUGACACGGAGAAGAGAGCCUUGCUCGUAGCCAUGGGUAAUGACCUCGCAUAUGUCGUACAAGCAGUAGCACCAAAUUUUGUCUGGAAGACAACAGAUUUCCCGCGUGCUAGAAAGGGAUAUACCUGGUCUAUCGUCCUGCAAGUUCUACUGGGUGGGUUUACCUAUACUAUAUCAAGCACCCAGAACAUGCUGACAGAGUCUCUCAGUUCUCUUGACAGCUACUGUUCAGCUUCUUCUUUGGAGGGAUAAGAAAAAGGCAGCCAGAACGGAGGAUGACGGCGAGUUGUCACGCUACAACGGAAGUGACAGCCCACAGGUGGAGGGUAGCGAUGUUGAUGAGAAGAAGGCUAUUCGUAGUAAGGAGGCCCCUAUAGUGGGUGUGUAGUAGUUGAAUGCUGGGAUAUUGACGUGGCCCGUUUCUGGUGGUCGUUUGCU